CGGCAGAGAACAUGAAGUGUCACAGUAAUGUUCUGUGGGUUUGAGGGUGUAAGUGUUUGAUCAUAUCAUACAUUAUUCUGCCACUUCCUGGAGUGGACUUCCUAUAGCAAUUCAGUGAGACCUGGAACUCCACCAUGGUUAAUGGACAAUUCUAUACUUCAAUGUGUGCGCUUUUCCGACCCAGAGGCAGUCGCUCUGCUUGUAACUGGUAUUUUAGAAAUGUUUCUGUGUAAUGGAGUGUACUGGAAAUGUGUGCUCAAAGUGUGCUCCCAGAAAACCAGCCUGGUCCUCAAGAGUGUCUUCUUUUGUAGUUACUAAUGGUAGAGGAUGAGUUCCACGACCUUUUUUUUUUGUUCACCCUGUUCCAUACUUUCGCGUUUAGCGCGGCGGCGUGUUCUUCUACCUUGCGACUUAUUCGCCUUGAAGUUAGUUAGGUUCUUGGUGGUUGGGGAGUUAAGGAUUAGAUUUCAAGCCAUAUUUUACUUUUCCCGGUCUUUCCUGCACUCCUCAUUCCACGAUGGAAUUACGUUGUUUCGAAGGCGACCGUUUGUUUGGGGCAUGUAUACUGAUGCAGCAUCAAUAAUGAACGCUGUUAUGUAGGCUACUACAUCGUGUAGACUAAGUUGACAGAUAUCAUUCCAGGGCAGAUGUGCUAUUUCGCGAAACGCCGCCUAGUCAGCUGGAUCAAUUUUCCAUUGAGGAACGUGUGCAUAGCUCUUAGCUUGUUUUGUAAGGUUUAGAACAAUGGAGAAGUGAUCACUUCCAUAAGGGUUAUUAAUCACAUUCCAUUCUAUAUAUAGCACAAUUGUACAGGACGCUAUGUUUAAGUUUAUGGAAGAAAAUGCUUUGUGCGUAGGACUGUAGAAUAUUGGCUCUUUCUUGUAAAGCAAGCAGGCACUUGAAGAGAAUAGGAUGUUUUCCAUUAGCCAUUCUCUCGCAUCACAGCGAGAGCCUCCCCACAAAGUGUUAUGUGCAUUUAGAUAUCAGACAACUAUAUAUAUAUGCAGGGCGCCGGAAGUCCAUCUAUGUAGUUUUGAAAUUCGGUUUUAUUAAGUUGAUAAUUGGGAGGGAUGAUAUAUUUGGAUGAUAGCAACUGGUCAAUAAACCCACACAUGUUACCUGAAGGCAUCAAUGUAACCGGAUUCCAAUCCGUCAACAUUGAUGAGUUCACGUACUCGUACUCGUGGCGCCUGUGGCAGAAAAGAUGUUACACAUCAGCCGCCAAGGUUCGUGAGUGAUGGUGCUGGCCGGCACUCCAUGGGUUAGUUCUAACAGAUAAACAUAGAUUCUAUUCUAUUCUAUUGAUAAAGUCUAUUCAAGUAACAUAUUACACAAAGAACAGAUGUUGCCUUGAAUAAUUCUCGAAGUCACGUGUCACUACGAGCGACGUCACAGUACAAACACGUGUACGUAGGCGCACUAGCACGUGCACGUCAUCCUCCGGCUUGGAGCGUGGCGGCAGCAAUGAGAAGCGAAAACGGCGUUCGGUUUGAAAUUUCAGAUCAUUCCACGGCGCGUAGCCGUGUAAUAUUUUCCAGACACGAUCGUUAUCGCUCAGUGUAUGCUCUGCGCUUGUCCGCUCAAAAUGGCCAUACCUGGUGAGGGGCCCUUUAAGCAAGAAGAAGAGUGGUGCGUCUGACACUACUAGACAACGACAACAACGACAACAACGACGACGACGACAACGACGACGACGACGACGACGACGACGACGACGACGACGACGACGACGACGACGACGGGUGAAGGAUUUAGUUUAGCUUUACUGGUGCCCCGAUAGACUUCGCGAACGCAGCGGCAAUGAAAAUGUUCUUCAUGAUCAGAAUGUCUACAAAUCAAUCAGCGUUACGUUUCAUUGCACAGCAUGUACGGGAUGCCAAGCCCCAGUUUCCCGCAAAAAAAAAACAACAAAAAAAACUGCAUUUCACCAUUCAGCAGCACACAGUAAAAAGAAGCACAGCUUUCUUUCUUUCUUCUUUUGUUUUGCUCUUCCUCUCUCCCUCUCUAAUGCGGUUUUUGCAUUCUAAAAUUUUGGCUUGGCGUCUCGAGAGAGUAGCAUUUCUCAACAGGUCACUCGGAUAUCGCGUAUAUUCCGAGGUAAGCUGUUACCCAGAGUUUUUCCUAAAAAAAAGAUUGCGUAAUGAAACAAAAGUGCCAAGAAAAGUGAAUGAAGAUAGUUAUCAUAAAGUUGACAUUAUGCAAGUGAAGCAGGAAAAUAAGAGCUGCUUAAAAUGUACGAGACGAAACAAGCAGUAGAGGAUGAUAGUAUUUUAGGCAGUAGACAUAUAGUCAUGCAACUCCGGUGUGCUUCAUCUGGAAUGCAGGGGCAAGGCGAGAUGAAUUUUAGGCGAGCGAAAUUUAUGACGUGCACGUUUGCUACAAUACGAGUCAUCUGCACGCUCUGCUAUGACAUUAUUUUUUUCGCCUGCUUUUCAUUUUUGAGUCACCAAUGACUUAUGUUUUAUGUUACUUUCUUUACACAAACACAGUACUCACGGACGUCGUACUGCGGUUCAUGACACUACAGGUUGGGCGAAGGAACCUGCACCGUAGUGGUACUUAGUAGUAGUAGUAGUAGUAUAGCAGUAGUAACUAGUAGCAGCUGAUGUAGCAGUAAUAGAAUGUAUAAUGUGCAGUGUCUAUUGUUGUUUGUUUUGGUGAUGUAAUAGUAGUAAUGUAGCAGUAGUAAGUAAGUGCAGCUGCUGCAGCAGUAAUAGAAUGUAGAAUGUUUAUCGUUUGGUUGCUUGCUGCAGUGGUAGGGUGUUUUAUUGGUCUUUCAUACCUAGUACCGUGUAUAAUUCUGUUCGCGCACGUACAUACAAUUACAGAGAAGAGUAAGAGAGCUAGCUGGCAACUAAAUCACCCGAUUCUUGGCCACUCCGUCAUACUGGGUACGAGUCACUCUCGAAAGCAAAUCAAAUCAAAGCAAAGCAAGCAAGCAAGCAAGCAAGCAAGCAAGCAGAGAAAAGGCACAUAGAAAAAGAAUAGGGAAUGAAGAGCCUGUAGAGUAAAUGCAGAAAGAAGAUCACUGAGUACAAUACUAAAAUGUGACCUUUUGUUAUUAGAUACGCGAAACGUCCGGAUAUUAAGAGCAUGCAGAAAAUUGCCAUAAGAAUAACUUUAAUAUAAUUUGUAAGUUAGCAUCGUUAUUAAAGUGUUAGUGGUAAAAUAGUUUUGUAAAAUAGCAACAUACUACAUCGGCUGAAUUGCAUCGGAGCCAAGAGGGGGCUAUGGCGCUGGGCUGCGCCAUCAAAUAAACAAUCUGAUUCCGCGAAAUGGUUUCGCGCAGCCUCUUUCCGGAACGAGCACUACCGUUGUACCAGACACUGUGGUAUUGAUGGUCUAUUGAAUGUCUCCCUAAAAAUGUGCUUGAGUAACAAGUUUUACACCAAGCAGAACAAUGUCUCUGUUCCCGUUAAUUUUGACAGUACAUAACCGCCAUAACCGUCAUAACAGAGCCUCUCUCGAAACGGCGGGUUUAGACACACCUGCUCGAACGGCCCGGCUGCGUUGCCCGCAUGUUUUGUCUAGGCGAGCAGGCGCGCAAUGGCAAUGACCAUUGGCGUUAUGGGUAUGCACGGGCUAGGUACACGAGCGGCUUUUCUGAAUGAACCCCUGAGGCACACGCACGCACGCACGCACACACGCACGCACGCAACGACAGAAAAGACGUGCAUUGCAUUCUCUGACAACGAUUUCUUCAGCUUAUUGUCACACGCUUUUCAAUUCGGCUAGCCACGUCACGAAAAAGACAGGGCGAAGAAGGAAGAAGAGGAACGGAGAGGAAAUGCGGCGGGGUUUGACAGGGAUCGGUGGCCGGAGCUAGACAGCGCAGGAGGCACUGACGGCUGCGUCCACAUUUGGCGGAGCCUAGCAAUAUUGGCGCUUGCAGGAAAAAAAAAAGAAGGAUGCCGUAGCAUAAGGCUAACUUGGCAAGCGCGUGCAUUAAGGCGACCGAAGGGAUAUUGGUUCUGCAGUUGCUGGACGCACGAGCGCGACCCCUCUGUUGCAUUCGCCGCGGUGGUGCGGCGUCGACGGUGGAGCCCUGGACACGAUUGGGCCCGCGGCGAUGCCAUUUGUCUGCGUCGUCACCCUCGUAACCCCUGUGGCGUCCGGCGUCGUGCCGCGUCAAAAGCGACACCGGCGCCCCGCCGCGGGUCCAACGGCGACCGACCGGCGCGCACCUUCCACGGGAAAUCCCGCUUUCCCGCGCGCGCGUUCGAACUCCCGGCGCGUAUGCGCGCGUGCGCCCGAGUCCUUUUUCUUUUUCUGUACGUCCGUGUUUCUCCUUCCGAUUUCCCUCCUUCAUUGACGAUCGGGCCUUUUUUUUUAUUUGUCUCCUAUGUGGGCGGCGCUGUUCCCAUUGGUCCCCGACUCGAUCCUUCGAUCACGUGAGCGGGAGUACGCGGGCGCGCGCGCGCCUUAUAAAAACGGGUGCCGGUGGGAAGCGCUUUCCCGUAGCCAGAGAAAGAACCUUGCGCGCACAUUGUACGUACGUGAACGUAGCGAGCACUGAGACACGCGCCGCUGGAUCGCGCUAUCGCGGGACGGGUUGGUGAGGAUUCAUUAGGCACAUGUAGAGUCGACAAGUAGCUGGAAUAGCUGUGGACAACAUAGUGAACCGGGGAAUAUAGUGAGAGAUAAAGAAUAUCAUCAGGCGUAUAGGUGCCGAGGAGGCAACGAGGUAUAUCUGUUGAUCUCUUCAUAAAGCAAUAUAGACAUAAAAAGCAGGGGGAGGCCGAGAGAGAUUCUGCUGUCUGUACUCCACUGCUACCGCUGCACUGAUGGGAGCUGCCGGCAAGGGCCGCAUAGUGGCCACCAUGUCCUUGGCUUUGCUGGUCGGUCUGCUGGUCCUGCAGAUGACGGCCGUGCUCGCUCGUGCGGACCCCGAGGAAGUGGGCGGCAACGUGGUGGAAGCGCUACGCCUGCUUGAGCAUCUCGACAAGUACUACUCGCACGUCAACCGGCCCAGGUUCGGAAGAAGCGUUCCGGUCCGGUUCUCAGGCGGCUCGAUGUCGUCGACGUCCGAUGAGUACGAGAGAUAGCACAAGCAGGCGUCGCCAUCACCGAGGCACAGGAAACCCAGUCACGCCCUCCUUCAAGGACACCGGUGGUUCCAGCACGUCCAGACAGCACCGCAGCCGAGUUUCUCGAAGCACCGAAAAAAAGAAAACGCAGGGAGCGGAGACACUGGAAAAAGACCCAGCGUCCGCAACUCAGCUCCUCUAACGGGAGAAGUCGCACUCGCCGGCGAUGUUCGUCCUCUUCUGCAUGCUGUGCUGGACACUCAUUCGCGAUUCGCGAUCGCCAUGCGGACAUGGAGCGCGUGGCAGGCGUUUCACCGCACGGCACGGGAGAAGAAACCCGGAAGUACCUAACUGUCCAGCUUGCGCCAUGAUUCCCACCCACUCCCUUAACCCUACUCCUGAACGCCACGCCAUGUUCUAGCGUCUGAAAUAAAGACCCCCGAUGCCGCCAUUUUGUACUGGCAUGCCCGA